UCACUCAACCCAUUUUCAUUCUUAUACCAUUUUCGUUUCAAGUUCCUUUCUACACCUAAUCUCUUCCACCCUCUUUAAGCCAAUAUAUCUAUGUAUAGAUUCUCACAAUUUAUUUGUAUUUUAAUGGAGAAAGUGUCUGAUUAUUUUAUACCAUUUGAACCCGUUUUGCUGUAAUCUUCCUCCAUUACAAUUCUUAGGUUUUGGAUUUUGCUUGGAAUCGAAGUGAUCAAAAGUAGGUAAGGAUCUGAUUCUGGGUUGUUUUGGAAGUUAACAAAGGUUCCAUUUUUAUUACUUUGACUUGAUUAAUAAGCUCUUGUUUUUGUUAUUUCGACUUUUGUGAUCAUGUCUUUUUGGAUUCUUUGGGGGUGUAUGAGCAUGAAAAGUAGUUUGAUCACCUUGUUUGUGGUAUCUGAAUUUGGUUUUAAGAUGGAGAAAAUGUUGGAUCUUUUACAUUAUAUGAUUGCUGGUAAAAUGUUGGAUCUUUUACAUUAUAUGAUUGCUGGUAUGCAUGCUUAUUGCCUUUGUUUUUGAUUAUUUUGGAGGGGGUGUAGUUAGCUGAGAUUAAUGGAUCAAGAGAAAAGGGGUGAUUGCAUAGGGACUAGUGAGAAUUUGAGUAAGCUUGGGGAAGAUGUUAAUGGAGUUGUGUCUGAAACUGUCAUUGUGAAAAACUCUGAAGAAAAAAUCUGUUUUGAUGGAGAAAUUGCGGAUUUUAGAUUGCAAAAUGAUGGCUUUGGGUCCUGUAAGAAUCAUGAGAUGGAUUUUCGGAGUGGCGGGAAUUCGAGUAGUUUAGUUAAUGGAAAUGUGCUUAAGAAUGAGGAAAAGAAUUUGGGGGAGAAAAGCAAAGUAGUGGCAUCAAGUGAGGGGUUGGUUGAAGCAAGCAGGGAAUUGAUUAACGAGGAGACGAACGAAAUUAUAGGAGUUGAAACAAUGGAUCGAGUUUAUCAAGCAGAUAGUGGGAGUUUGAAUAAUUCAGUUGGUGGAUUUGUGUUCGACAACACUGUUGUGAUUAACACCCAAGAGGCAGCUUGUGUGGAAGGAGGUAAUGGGAAAUACGAAGUGGAAAACAAUGGACUCAGUUCAAGUAAAGUAUCGGCAGAAGGACCGAAGUCAAAAGUUGCUGAAGCAGAGGAAUCCUGUGUGAUUGAUAUAAAGGGAAGUGGUAGUGGCCAAAGACAGUUUAGCGAGAGUUGUGAUGGGGAAAGAGUUUGUAGAAUUUGUCAUUUGAAUUCUGAGCAAUUACUUGAAUCUACUGAUAGUGCAUCAACUGCAGAAGCUGUUACAGAUCUAAUUCAACUUGGUUGUGGGUGCAAAGAUGAGCUAGGAGGUGCACACAGUCAUUGUGCAGAGGCAUGGUUUAAGCUGAAAGGAAACAGAAUUUGCGAAAUUUGUGGCCAAACCGCAGAAAACAUCAGCGGUAUUAGACAUAACAGAUUUAUCGAAGAUUGGCAUGGCCAAGGAUCCACGAGUGGUGGUAUGACCUUCUCAGAACGACGUGCAGGAUGUUGGCGUGGGCGGCCAUUCUGUAACUCCCUGAUGGCAUGCCUGGUAAUGACCUUUGUACUACCAUGGUUCUUUCGUGUGAAUAUGUUUUAGCAAAAGCAUGUUCUUCCUCUGCACCAGCUUUGUUCGCCUGCAUGUUUUGUCUGUUUCUCCUGUGGAAUUCGAGUGGAUAUGACAUAACUUCUUGGUGAAGUUAUUUUUGUUUUUGUUUUUUUUUGGGGUUUUCAACACACAUAUAAGCAUAUGCUUAAAGCCAUAGGUGUUGGCAUUAAGUUGUUGAUAUCUGGCCUUUGAGCAUAAGGUUAAAGCUUGAACAAGAUGGCUUAGGCUGUGUUAAUGG